CGUGGCCUCUGUGCGUGCCCUGUGACGUGGCAGGUAACUUUGACGUGCUGUACGUCACGUCCGUCCGGUUCUGUCCCGGUUCGUGUUUGUUGAGCAGUGCUUUGUUUUCAGCAGCAUCUGGUCGGUUCCUGUCCUCCGGUCCCGGAUCAGCGCUGAGGCCCGCGGACUGAACUCUGCAGGAUGAAUAUUGGUUCUAAGAAUAAGAAGCGGGUGGUUCUGCCCAGUCGUCCGGACCCCCCCACUGUGGAUCAGAUCUUGGAGGACGUUGGCAGAGCGGCUCCCGAUGACCCGGUCUUCAGCAUCCUGCAGCGGACUGGACAAGACUCGGCCCGGCCUGCAGACAGUGACGUGGAGUCCCGGUUCCAGCAGUGCCGUCAGUACCUGGAGCUGAACGAGCGGCUUCAGGAGGUCAGAGGUCGGCUGCUGCAGCAGAGGGAGGAGCUUCGAGCUGCGGGGGAACAGCUGGAGAACGACGUGAUGGAGGUCAAAGGUCAAACACUCUGACUCACCUCGACCCGUUACAGACUUCCUUCUCAGUCCGGGUCGCUCCCGGUGCCGAGGACCCGGCAGCUCCGCUGAAGGUUCUCAGCCGGACCUGAGAACUGUCGCUGAAGUGAUCAGUGACAUCAUCAGCUGACCUAAUUUAUUUGAUCAGUUUAACGAUGGACACGAUAAACGAGUCGGCACAAUUAUAAUCAAAGAUCAGAAUUAUUGAUUAACUGAUUCAUCUCAGACUGAACAUGAACUUGUUAGUUUGUUUCCUUCAGAUGUUCUAGCAGAGUACCGUGUACCGGUCCGGUUGUGUUUGAAUCCGCAGCUCUUCACUGUUUGUGUCUCAUGUGGCGCCCCCUGGUGGUCACACACAGUGAUGCAUGUUUAUUAAAGUAGCAGUCAGCUGCCUGUACGAGCAGUGACACAGGGUCAUAUUAUUCCUGUUGUAUAAUACGGACCCUCACGAUGAAGUGAAGUUAGUUCCUGACAUAUUUACCAUCAAUAAAAUGUUUCUUCAAGUUCAAA